AUGAGAGAUAUUUAUGCAAUACUAUUUUUCUCAGUUACUAAUCUUUUAACUCUCUAUGAAAACGGAUGCAUGGCAGAAGCAUUAGCCUUUUUGCCAUUUACAUGCUGGCUAGAAGCACAACUCAAUCCAGCAAUUGAUUUAAAUUCUCGAUUAUGGCUUCUUCGAACAGCAUUUGAUUUAACUGUUCGUUUUUAUAAACUAACAAAAACUGAUGGAUGGCUUCCAGAAAUCAAAAUGACUGGAAGAGGAAAACCACAUUUUGUGACAAUUAUUCAGGAAGCUCACUUCCAGAGACUAAUUGGAUCCCUCUUCACGACAAUUAAUCUUUUGGUAACUGAAGCUGUUACCGAAAGAAUUCCGUCAUUUGGUUUGGAUCGACUUGGAACUCAUCCGUUGGAGAAUUUCAACGGAUAUAUUAGAGUUAACUCACUCCAUAAAGAUUACUGUAGAGAUGUCGUUAGUCUUAUUGCUAGAGCUCACAUUAUGAAGAAAUUCGAAAUUGAACUUGGCAAAGUCUUAAAGAUUAGAGGAAGAUACAACACUGGAGGAGUCCAUUUAAACGAUUGUUUCAAUUUGUUUGAACCUCCAGAAUGUACUUCAGAAGAAUUUCUUAAUUCUUUUGUGGCAGAAGCACAAAUUGAUGACGCCGUAUUAAUUACUUCACCACCACAAUCACAGCAACCAUUGUUUGCUGCAAUAGAAUGGUUUUCUAUUACAAAUGCGCAACAAUUAAAAGCUGAAUAUCAGCUUUUAAGAUUGAAAAUACCAAGAAAACUUGCUAAUAGUGAAAUAUAUACAAGAAAUAUUCAAACGAAUAAGUAG